GUCAAUAGACACAAUUCACUAAAAUCUGCAUCUGACGAUAGCAUUUAUUUAUGUCAACUGUAUGUGCUUGAUAUGCAUGAGCAAAAGUGAUUAAAAAGGAAAACUAUUGGCACUUAGGCUAUGUUUUGAUACGUUUGGAAGGGAAUGGAAGAAGCAUGGGUUUCACUGCUGAGCAAGUGCAGCAGCCUGAAACCCACGAAGCAAAUCCACGCCCAAAUCUGCAAAACCGGUCUUCACACAGACCCUUUGGUCUUCGGCAAGCUCCUUCUCCACUGCGCCAUCACCAUCUCCGACGCUCUCCACUACGCUCUCCGUCUCUUCCACCACUUCCCCAACCCCGACACCUUCAUGCACAACACCCUCAUUCGCUCCCUCUCCCUCUCCCAAACCCCUCUUUCCUCCCUCCACCCCUUCAUCCAACUCCGCCGCCAACCCACCCUCUCCCCUGACAGUUUCACUUUCGCCUUCGCCCUCAAAGCGGUCGCCAACUCCCGCCACCUCAGACCCGGCAUUCAGCUGCAUUCUCAAGCCUUCCGCCACGGCUUCGAUGCCCAUAUCUUUGUCGGGACAACGUUGAUCAGCAUGUAUGCAGAAUGUGGUGACUCCGGUUCUGCGCGACGGGUGUUCGAUGAAAUGUCUGAACCAAAUGUGGUCACGUGGAAUGCUGUUCUUACCGCAGCUUUCAGGUGUGGCGACGUGGAAGGCGCGCAGGAUGUGUUUGGGUGCAUGCCCGUUCGGAAUUUGACCUCGUGGAAUGGCAUGCUUGCUGGUUAUGCCAAGGCAGGUGAGCUUGGAUUGGCAAGGAGAGUUUUUUAUGAAAUGCCUCUGAGAGAUGAGGUUUCUUGGAGCACUAUGAUUGUUGGGUUUGCUCAUAAUGGUUGUUUUGACGAGGCUUUUGGGUUUUUCAGGGAGUUGCUGCGCGAGGAAAUUCGGACAAAUGAGGUGAGCCUCACCGGGGUGCUGUCUGCUUGUGCACAGGCUGGGGCGUUUGAGUUUGGGAAGAUUUUACAUGGGUUUGUGGAGAAAGCUGGGUUUCUUUAUGUUGGUUCUGUGAAUAAUGCUCUCAUAGAUACCUACUCCAAGUGUGGGAAUGUGGCUAUGGCUAGGUUGGUCUUUCAGAAUAUGCCAGUGGCGAGAAGCAUUGUUUCUUGGACAUCAAUAAUAGCGGGACUUGCGAUGCAUGGUUGUGGAGAAGAGGCAAUACAGCUUUUUCAUGAGAUGGAAGAGUCUGGAGUUAGGCCUGAUGGUAUUACUUUUAUAUCACUACUGUAUGCUUGUAGCCAUAGUGGCUUGGUUGAGGAAGGGUGUGGUUUAUUUUCUAAGAUGAAGAAUUUGUAUGGUAUUGAACCUGCCAUUGAGCAUUAUGGUUGCAUGGUUGAUCUGUAUGGUCGAGCUGCUAGGUUGCAGAAGGCCUAUGAGUUUAUAUGUGAAAUGCCAGUUUCUCCUAAUGCAAUCAUUUGGAGGACUCUCCUCGGGGCUUGUAGCAUUCAUGGUAAUAUUGAAAUGGCAGAGCUUGUGAAAGCAAGGCUUGCUGAAAUGGAUCCAGACAACUCUGGUGAUCAUGUACUGCUCUCAAAUGUUUAUGCCGUUGCAGGGAAAUGGAAGGAUGUUUCCAGCAUAAGAAGAACGAUGACUGAACAUAGCAUGAAAAAAACUCCUGGUUGGAGCAUGAUUGAAAUUGACAAGGUCAUUUAUGGUUUUGUUGCUGGUGAAAAGCCUAAUGAGGUUACGGAGGAGGCUCAUGAAAAACUGAGGGAAAUAAUGUUGAGACUCAGAACAGAAGCAGGUUAUGCACCACAGCUAAGGAGUGUCCUGCAUGAUAUUGAAGAGGAAGAAAAAGAAGAUUCAGUUUCUAAGCACAGUGAGAAGCUUGCUGCUGCUUUUGGAAUAGCAAAACUUCCCAAGGGAAGGAUUUUAAGAAUUGUGAAGAACCUGAGGGUUUGUGGGGACUGCCAUACUGUGAUGAAGCUGAUUUCUAAAGUUUAUCAAGUAGAAAUCAUUGUGAGAGAUAGAAGCCGCUUCCACUCGUUCAAAGAUGGAUUUUGUUCUUGCAGAGAUUACUGGUGACAGAGUUGAUUGAUGAAGUAGUUUAUCCAGACUUGACUGCCUUAGUUUGUAAGGAAAAUACACAAUUGUUUCCUGAUUUUCACCAAAUUGGCUUAUUAGCUCAAUACUAAUUACAUCACAGCAAUUUAAAAUACCUAAUGUGCAAUGCAUGAUGGUCUAAUAAAAUGCCUACUAGAGAAGCAUUUAGUUGUCCUGUCAAGUGAUUUUCUGCCAUUAAUGGAGAAGUAUGGUGAAAUGGUAAUGCUCAUUAAAUGAGAAGAAAUAUAGCUAAUAACUAUUAGUCUUUCUAUGGCACCAUUUGGAGGACAAAAAGAGAAAUGAUACCAACAAAGUCAAACAAACUAGAGAGGACCAACACUUCAUUGAUGUAUUCAAAAUGCAAUAACUAUGGUCAGAACAAAAAUAAUUGUCAAAACAUAUCUUGACCCUCAGUGGUAAUGAUUCUUGGGGACAAAGAAACAUGGACUGUUUCAAUUAGUUGAUGGAUGAGCUGCUUAAGGCCUCCCAAAUAUCCUUUGAUUCUUCAUGGUGAUGAUGAUCACCAUAGUGAUCCCUUGCUCCUUGUUCCAGUGCACCCGCCUCUAAACCAAGGUUUGAUUGAAUCAACAACGUGGACAUCCUCAUGCCAUUAGAAUUGGAGUUCAGUGGUAAUUGUUGCCUUUAGGGACAUUACGGAGGACAAUGCCAUUGGUCCAUCAUCACUGGCUUCUCUUGCAGAAGUAGUUGGUCCGGAAGAGGUUGCAGUUGUUGUAGUAGCAGCUGCGAAAUGAAGUGGUCUAUGAUUGUAGAGGCGGAUCCUAGUUGUGGUAGAAACAUGUUCAAUGAGAAGAUGAUGGAAAAUUUCAUUGCAACGGUUUAGUGAGCAUAGUUCCAUGGCAUCCAUGGUGCAUCAAAUACUAGUAGACAAUGCAAUAAGAGUGUUGCUCUCCAUUUAUAUAAAUUUUGUGAACUUUUAACGUCUA